ACCAAGCAUAACGCCCCGUAAAAGCUUCCAUCGGUAUCGGUGCGUUUGAUUUUUCAAGAAAAAAACACCGCAAAAAUAUAGAAAAUUUGUACUUGUAAACCUCAAGUUUCUCGAUCGGGUUGAAAGCUCCGUGGACCCACGCGAAGAUCUACAAAACCCCAUGGCCAUGAAGAACUUAUUGGAUCGUCCGAACGGUUAUCAUCUUUGACGGUACGAGAUGUCAUAGAAUGGAACAAAUAUGGAAGCUGCUACUGGUAGCUUCCGUUCUCGUGGUGCUGCUUCAAAAUGUAAUGCCGGAAAGCUCAGACGUAUUCGAGAACGGAAAAUCGGAUAAAGAAAUAUUAGAUGACUUAUUAAACGAAAACAGAUAUGACAUGAGACUGUUGCCUCCGGUGGACGAUCAAGACUUCUGUUGUGGUAUGAAAACUCCUAAGGACAUGCGAGUUGUCCUGCCAUCCGUACAUAAACAUCCGAUUCGCAAAGGACCUUUGUUAGUCAAUGUCAGUGUACUUUUGCUCAGUUUGGCGUCACCCGACGAGUCUAGCUUGAAAUACGAAGUUGAGUUUUUACUACAGCAACAGUGGUAUGACCCGCGACUCCGAUAUUCAAAUCUAAGUAGAUACGAUUUCUUGAAUGCAAUACACCACCAUGCUCAAAUAUGGCUGCCAGAUACAUACUUUAUUAUGCACGGCGAGUUCAAAAAGUCGCUGAUACCUAAUGCGUUUUCCCUGAGGAUCUACAGGAACGGCAGCGUGCAUUACUUACUUAGGACGCAUUUGAUCUUGUCGUGUCAAGGUAUACUGAACAUAUUUCCAUUUGAUGACCCCCAAUGCACUUUCUCAAUGGAAAGCAUAUCAUAUGAGAUGUCGGCCAUAAAAUAUGUCUGGAAGAACGACGAGAGCACGCUGAAGAAGUCGCCAUCACUAAAAACUUUAAACGCGUACUUGGAUCGUAAUCACACGACGGAGUGUCCAUCCACCGGAAGUUGGAGAGGGAAUUACAGUUGUCUACAAGUUGACCUGAUUUUUACACGGGAUCGAGCGUUUUAUGUGACCACAGUUUUUAUACCAGGCAUAAUAUUGGUGACCUCGUCGUUCAUCACGUUCUUUCUGGAAUGGAACGCAGUGCCUGCACGAGUGAUGAUAGGUGUAACCACAAUGUUGAAUUUUUUCACUACUUCAAACGGUUUUCGAAGCACAUUGCCAGUGGUGUCCAAUCUGACGGCCAUGAACGUUUGGGAUGGCGUAUGCAUGUGUUGUAUAUACGCCAGUCUAUUGGAGUUCGUGUUGGUUAACUACGUCGGACGCAAACGGUCGGAUUGGCCGAUGCCCAACGUUAUUUACCAACACAAUGAUCCGGAAUACAAACAAGGUGACAAAAAUCAAGGGGAAUGUUCCAGUUGCGGCCAAGGGGCAUGUACCCAUUCGUUGCUACACAAUACAUGCCCAUCUAAAACGGAGGAGGAUAACACUAGAAGCGGCCGAGUUCUCAAACACAAAAUGCCACCACACCCGAUUCGCAUAGCCAAGACUAUCGACGUGAUCGCCCGUAUUACGUUCCCCACGGCUUAUGCUAUAUUCUUGAUAUUCUUCUUCAUCCACUACACAAGUCAUCCAAGCCACUGGACCAUUUAGAUCAAAGGCGAGUGACUUGAGGAGCUCAACGUUCUUAUAGCAAUACUAUAAUCAUUCAUAAUAGCUACCAAAGUAUAAUUCUGUAGAUAUACCGCUGCAAAAUAUGAUGUAAACGAUUUGCAACAAACGACACGUUGAAAAUCGUCAAUUAAUAAUAACAAUUAUAUUAAUACAAUUUUCUUAAAAAAUAUAAAUCAAACGACCGCAGAAAUGAACAUUACACCACCAUCGGUAACAACGCAAAGAUAACAGCUUGGUAAAAAUAUAUUGGUAAAAUCAAUACCUGUUGUUAUUCAAAUCAAAACUAAAAUAUUAAUUUAAUGAUUCUCCUCCUCUUUCGAUUGUAUUUUCUCUUUAGUAAAUGUCCAUCAAGCUUGGCGACGUUCUGUUUGUGUUGCGUAGUAUCUAUACCAAUAGAUUUUUUUUAUUUAUAAUUUAUUACAAUAAAUAGAGUAAAUGUAUAAAAGUUAUUCCUAGUAUACUCAGCAUAUUUAUUCAUAGACAGAGGAUUAUAGUUUUUAAUUGAUGGAUUUUUUUUAUGAUUAAAGCCAAACGACAAAGUAAUGGAGAAUGAUAAUACUUAAGUAAACGAACCCAAAUCAUGUCCUAAUAUUUUGAUUCCUUACAUUUUAAGGAAGAUUAUAUCGCUUACAUUUCCAUUGGCUCUAUAAAUGCUUUGAAAUAGUUAUAUAUUUUAUUUAAAUAUAAAUAUGAAUUAAUUCGUAUGACCGUAUACAGCUCAAUUAUUAAUGGCUGAAUAUUUAGAUAUUAAAUGUAAUCCGCUACCAAUUAAAUAAAUAUAUAUAUAUAUAUAUAAAUUUAUUUCACGUAACUGUUAUUAAUGUAUAAUAGUAGUAGAUGGACCGUCUAAAUGGGAUAAAUAUUUGAUGUGCUAAAAUACAAUUUUCCAGUAGUAAAAAAAAUAUUUUAUAAACUAAUACAUGGUGAUUAAAUAAGUCAGUCAUUUUAUGGCAAAAAUACCUUGGCCAAACAUUUUUUGUACUGUACAAAAAGGGCACUCCCAGGAAAAAAAAAUGAUGAGCCUUGUAAAAAACAUGAACACCAAACUUAAUAGAUAAUACAAAUUUUAAAGCGCAUUUGCCAAAAAAAAACAGAAAGUGAAAGUAACUGUUUCAAACCAAUAUAAAUAUCUCUCAAGUAAGCUCUCUCCAACGAAACCUCAUCCUACAUGACGAUAAUACAUUUUUGAAAACCUUCUGUAAAAAUUAGUUUUUCAAUACAUUUUGUGGUUUUUAACACAAAUAUUUCAACAAUAUUAUCUAAAUCUUGUUCAAAAGGUCAUAAAAAUAUUAUACUUAAUUUUCCACUAAAACUCAACCAUAGAAGGUUUUCCCCGUGAUUGACGAUACCUGAAAACGUUUAAGACAAAUUAAAACAAUAUACAAUAAUUGUAUUAUGUAAUACAUUCGGACAAUCAAACAUCAUUUAGACAUAUGUUUUAUCAGUAUAAUUUACAUUUAGACACGUUUUAUUACUAGCAUUUUAAAAUUAAUGUAUGUAGCCAAACCGUGUUUUAGAUUAAACUCAUUUUAAUACCCAUUGAGUAAUAAUAAUAAUGUUUUAAGUACUUAAAAUAUUAUAAUUAAACAACAAAUGUAAAUUACAACAAUCAUUACCACUAAAACUAUUUGAGUUUAAACAUUUUAUUUUACGCCAUUUGUACUUAUGUUUACUUUUAUUUUUCGAAAAUAGUUUCCAUAAGUACAGGGUGUAGAAUCACAAUAAAUCAAAAUACUAUGAGUGUGAACAAGGUAUUCCUAAUAAAUCGUAAUGAACGCGCUUAGUUCAAAAUGUGAAUGCAAAAUAACAGCAAUUUGAAUAUUAGAUUUAUAUUUAAAAAGUGUGGAUCGAUAAGAAAUAUAUAAUUUAAUCAAAUGAAAGGAGUGUACAUCAAUAUUAUGGUUACAAAACCAAGAAUUAAUAAAAACAGUGAGGGUCCAAAAAAUAGAUAAGAAAACGUUAAAAUGUAUGAACUUUUAACAAGUUUACAAUAUUAACUCUAUUAAUUUUCGUGUCAUCUUCUAAAACUUCAAACUUUUUCGAACAACUAUAAUUGUCGAGUAGGACAAGAGUACUGCCCAUAUUAUUAUUUUGGGUAAUUCCUCUUAAAAAAUAUCCUUAACGCGUUUGUUAAACAACUUUGAUUUUUAGAUAUUUAACGGAAUGUAGGUAGAAUAAUAUUUUAGGCUAUAUACUUAAGUCGAAAAAUUUUUUUUUUAAUGCUAAGUCAACACCAUUAUACUGAGUUUGAUAACACCAUGUUGGAAAUAAUCCAUAAUCGACUGUAGGAUAGUAAUAUUAUACUGGUAUAUAUUUGUCUGUAAAAUUACAUCAACGCUUUUAUAAUAUUUAAAUUUAUUUUAUUUUAGCAUUUCAAAAUUACUUUGUAGCUGUUCAAUUAAUAAUGAUAGCAAAUAAUGAAUGAUAAUUUUUAUAAUUAUUGUAUUUAAGUUUUGGUCAACCGACUGGUUUACUUAUAAAAAAAUUUCAGGUCUGAUAUCAUUUAAGCACUUUUUUUUAUUGUUGUUAAAAUAAACUUGUUCAUAAAGCCUUUGCGUAGUUUUUAAUGUAAUUUCUUAAUAGUUUCUUAUUAAUUAUUAAUAUUAUAAUACAGUGGCGCUAACAUAAUAUUUUAACUAUCAAGCACUUAUUAUUUUUCAUAAU